CAGCCACUAAACAGAAGCGCGCUCACUUGAGGCAGUUUCUACUGUAUGAGCUUUUCUUUUCUCCCCAAAGAAAGGGUUUAUUUCAUUUCAAUGCAGACAUGAUUCUAACUAUUUAUUCGCUUAUUGCGGUGAUCCACCUGACCUCAUCUUUAACUGUUGACAUCCCACUCCCAUCUUAUGAAUUUGCCCGUGGGGGCAACGGCACUAUACCAUGCAACUUCAAACCCCAACAACCAGACAACCCAUCAAUCAUCAUCUCAUGGACUGCACAUCCAGAUAAUCCUGCAGAUUCUGAUAUUGACAUCCUCACAUAUUACCACUUCUCAAGUGCAGCGGAUAAUCUGGACGUCAAUGAUGGAUAUACUAACCGAGCUUCACUUCAGGUAGACAUUGUUAAAGGAUGGGCGAACUUGAUACUCAGUUCUCUAACAUCGAAGGACAGUAGAGGGUAUCAGUGCGAUGUUAAAAUUCCUAAGGACACCCAAGGAAAACAAUCAGAUACCACUACUGUUGUGGUUUUGGUGGCUCCUUCCAAACCCAUCUGCGCUGUUCAGGGAAAAGCAGAGUUUUACCAGAACAUCAACCUGACCUGUCGUUCAGAGGAGGGCAUGCCAGCACCGGCGUACAAAUGGCAAAGCUAUGAUGUCAAUAAUAAUCCCCGUCAGAAUCCACCCAAGGCCACUGAUGUGAAUGGAGUUUUGUCACUUUACAAUAUUUCCUCGGAGACCAGUGGUUAUUAUAUCUGCACGUCUACCAAUAAAAUUGGCAGUGCAUCCUGUAAUCUGACUUUGGCCGUCAUGCCAUACUCCAUGAACAUUGGAUCCACAGCAGGAAUAAUUGGAGGCUGUCUAGUUGUUCUCCUCCUCCUGAUCGUCGUCAUUGUCUGCUGCUGCCGCCGAUGCCGGAAAAAGGACAUGUCUGAGGAGUACGCCAUAGGAUCAGCAGAGGAUGGCGAGUACACAGAUAAAGAGCCACAGGAACUUGAAGCGCACCAAGACAAACGUCUCAAGAGCAAAGCUGACGGAAACGACGAACACGAUGAUCGCUAUGAUGACCGGCUAGACCGUGAUGAUCGACAGGGGCGGCCAGUUAACCGUCAAUAUGAUGCUGAUCGUUAUGAUGACCGUCGAAGUGACUACGACGACGGACGAAGUGACCGUUAUGAUGACAGACGAAGUGACCGUUAUGAUGACAGACGAAGUGACCGCUAUGAUGACCGCCGAAAUGACUAUGAUGACAGACGAAGUGAUCGAUAUGAUGACCGCCGAGACCGUUAUGGCCACCCUGAUGACCGCAGUAGAUCUCCAAAUGUUCCCGCUAAUAAGCCAACUAGAGGCUAAGUAGGCCUGCAAGAUCUGUUUUUUAAAUACAUUUUUAAACUGAAUUUAUCUGAAAUUGACAAAAGGAGGUUAUUUUAUUUUAUUUUUUUGUUCUGAACAUUGCUUGGCUAACUUUCAAACCUUUAAUUGCAUGAUGAUAUUAAAUGUUAAAUAUUUUAUGAACUAGGUGUAAUCUAUGGGCUUUUGGGUAGUGGUUAACUAUUGUGGAAUCUGUAAGGCAGAGUAUUUUAAUGUGGAAAUGUUUGAAACCUGAAAGAAGUGUUCAAUAAGUACACCUUCACAACGGCUUCCUGGACCACAGAUGCUUUCGGACAAAAAUCCCAGUCUUUAUUCUAUUCUGGACUUCUCUCUUCUAGUAAAUAGCACUGAUAUUUUAAAGGUUUUUCUCUUAGUUGUUUUAUCAAAUGUGGUGGUGGUGUUGUGUUGUGUGUUUUGUUUUUUUUUUUAUUUUUUUUUUAUAAAUAAAGCUGUAUACAUUA